AAAGGCCCGGCGUCACUCGGCAAUCCUCGGAUCAAGUCGUGGACUCUCGGAGAUUUGGACCCGCCAGUCGCCCUGAGACCGUGUGACGCUGCGUACGAGGCGGUGUGUGUUGGAAUCGCUGCUCGGAACCACACGCCUUUUAGUAGUUUUCAAUGAACGGGUUGGUCGCUACUGAUUUUUUUAAUCUCGCCCAGCUGGUGCCAUCUGUCAUCCUUAACUCGGAGUCAUCAGCAAUUCAGCGGUAUUUCCGGUUGCUCAUUUAUGGAGUUUCUGAAGGGCAGCAGUGACUAUUGCCAAGCACAGCACGGCCUCCUUGCAGACAAGUGAACUUGGUCUCUGCUUUCAACUACUCCAUUGGGAAACUACCUUAAACGGAAAAGUGGCCUCAACAAACUGGGAUUCCUCUGGAUACUGGAUUUAAAAUUGGAUAAUUUGUGAGAAGCAGAGAACGGUUGUUCUUUCAGUGACCUUGUCUGGAUGGGGUAAAUCUACUUGUGUUUUGUGCACUUGGAUGCUUUGAGAAGCACCAUUGCACGGAGACACCAACUUAAAAAGUGCCAGGUUAAACUGGACUUGACAUCCUAUGUGCUAAAUCCAGCUGUGAGUGGAGGUUUAAAAGCACAAGCACCAACAGUGAAAACAAACUCGGUUCUGAGUAGUCUCUCCCAUUUAAAAAUUUAAAAAAAUUAAAUUGAAAUUAAAGUAUUGCAGCCACAAUGAACCGCCCAGCCCCAGUAGAAAUAUGUUCCGAGAGCAUGAGAUUUCUCAUCACACACAAUCCAACUGAUGCUACCCUCAACAAGUUCACAGAGGAGCUCAAAAAGUACGGUGUUACCACAGUGGUCCGAGUUUGUGAGGCCACCUAUGACAAAGCUCCUGUUGAAAAAGAAGGUAUCCGGGUUUUGGAUUGGCCAUUUGAUGAUGGAGCUCCACCUCCGACCCAAAUUGUGGAUGAUUGGUUGAAUCUGUUGAGAGAAAAAUUUCUUAAUGAGCCUGGAUGUUGCAUAGCUGUGCACUGUGUGGCAGGACUGGGACGAGCUCCAGUUCUUGUUGCACUAGCAUUGAUUGAAUCAGGAAUGAAGUAUGAAGAUGCUGUUCAAUUUAUACGGCAGAAAAGGCGUGGAGCUUUUAAUUCAAAGCAACUACUUUACCUCGAGAAAUAUCGGUCAAAAAUGCGUUUGCGCUUCCGAUCCACUAAUAGUACCAGCUGCUGCAUCCAGUAGCACUCUCAGACCGGACUAGACAUCCUGGUGACACGAACACACAACCGAGACGUAUCCACACUGUGGUGAAUUCAAGACCGUCGAUCUUGGAGUGAAUUUUACAAAAAGAAAUCUGUCAUUGUGGUGAAGGAAUUGUGUAUGUUUCAUAUUAUAAUUGAUCUUAUCAGGGAGGUUCAAACAGUCUGUAAAGAAAGGAAUUCACUGCCUCUGUGUGCAGGAGGUUGAGAUUAUGUCUGUGCAAAGCCCCGGCACUCUGUCACCUCACCUUGUAAACCUCACUUGUAUUGCACAAAACUUGCUGAGGAUAUGGUUUGAUGCAAUAGUUUCUCCUUCUGGUUGCAACAGGUAGGCAAAAUAAAAGGUGGAAUCUGGCACUGUAAUUGUUUUGUAUUUGAUUUCUGGAAAUAAUGCCAACCCUUUGCAGUAAUCAUUGUUUUGAUUUAUAAUUUUUUUAGAAAACAUGAGAAUUAAAUCUGGACUAAUAUCUGUAUUUUUAUUUUUUAUUUUUUUUAAUCUGCCAACCUUUUCAUCCAAAAUGUUUUAGAAGCAAGGAGGAAUUUGUCCUUUUUCCUUUAAAACAAAACCUGAACAAUAUUUGGUAUGGGGUAGCCUAUGCAAUGGCAUUCUGGUGUACAUGAAACAUUAUCAAAAAUCUAAAAUGGGUUUAUGUUUGUUUUUACAACACUGGCUUUCCGUUCCAUUUGUGGAAAACACUCCAACUAAUGCUAAUGUGAUUAAGAAUUUUAUAACCCAACUGGAUGAUGUGCCCUGGGUAAUGUGGCAUGGAGUAGAGGAACAGAAGAAAUUAUCACACUGUGGGGAAAUUAAAUGGAUAUGUGUCACUUGGUCAGUGAGUUGUAUGUGUAGGAAAUCCUUGCAGAAAGAUAGUUGAUGGGGAAGUGCACUCCACUGUGCAUCUUGCUGUACAAUGCAAUUUUCUGUGGUCCCCGAGCACAGUACAAUGAUGCCUCGGCAAUGUUGCUUAAUCAUUUGUUACCAAUUCAUUCAGUUUUUUUUAAAGUGGCGAGUAAGUGAUGUGAAUUGGGGCAGGCAGUGAGGUGAGAAUGGUGCAGGAAGAUCAGUCUGUUUCAUAUCUGCACAAAAUGUCGCUUGAAUGGAUUUGCCAGCUGGCUCAAAGAAAGCUUGGAAGUGAGUGGAUGGCAGAAGUUCAUAUAGAAAAGGGUGGGAAUGCUUAAAUAAAAACACAUGUCUGACAACGGACAUUUUUUUUUGGUGCUCCCAUUAAAUUCAUAGUUUUUUUCUGGGUGGUUUUGUAUGUAUUUAACACUGAUCCCUCUUAAAAAUUAAGCUAGCAAAUGUUUCUAUAAAACCAUUUUUCAACAAAUCAAAGAAGAAAAUUGAGCUGGAUUUAUUUUAAUUUUAUUCACUUUCAUUCUAGGGGAAGGGCAGGAAUUUUGUGGGAUGGCUUGAGUAAGGUGACAAUUAUGUAUAUAAUCCCUGGGGAAGAGAGGUACUUUGUUAGUUGGGUCUUGAGAUCAGCCUUGUGCUUGAGGUGAAAAUACUUCUGAAUUAUGGUUGAAUUUUAAAAAAUAUUUUCUCGUUAAUAUUUUCAGCUUGAAUUUAUCUGUUGCAAACUGUUAUCUCUGCACUGGGAUUUUUUGUGUUACAGAAAGCUUCACUACUGGAUGAACAGCAGCAGAUGUGCCAGCCAAAUGGUUUAAAGCAACUGCAUUUGUUGCUUCAGUAAACAGUUUUGCAUUUAAAUCCUACAGGUGUGGCUGGUGCAGAAGCUCUGUCACACAUGUGGCCAAAUAUGCAAAGUUACACUGCUAUGCAUGUACAAUUAAGAUUCUGCAGAACUUAUGGCCAGCCUUUUUAUUAUUUAUUUAAAAAAAACCUUUAUUCAACCCCACCUGAAACAGGAGGGAGUUUCAAAGUUCCUCUCCAAAUGUGAGGUUAAGGUGUUUUUUUUGCCUUUGCUAGGUAACGUGGGCUACAUUUGUACCUAAGAGGAUUUCCUGUUUUGGAAACAUUUUAUGAUCUUGCGCACUGCCUCUUUGCUGCCAUCCUUUAGCUGUGACCUGUAUGCUCAAAAUACAUGUGCAAGGCCCAGUACAGAAAUGUAGUGUGUAACAAAGUUCAUCAAAGGCACCUGGUAAAUGCUCAUAAUCUUGGUCCUAUGGGCGGGGGCACCAGUUUUGCAGCAACUCUCGUGUCAUGUUGUAAUAUGCAAUAUGUAACAAAUCAUGAAAGGAACUGGGUAGCAAUACCAUACCAGUUGGAUUGUCUGAAGCCUGGCUAAUCAUUAACAGUGCUUGGCUGUUGAGCGUGAACUUGUACUGUUUUUAAACCUGAUUUCAAAUGAAUAUUUUUACGCCAUGUUGAAAUUGAUGCAUCCUUCGAACAGUGUUAGUCCUAAAAUUAUCCUCCACUAAUUCAUCAUGCUACACUUGUGUGAUUUGCCUUUUUUUCAAUACAAGGUAAAGCUCUUGCUGCAUUUUCUAGACCAUUUUUUUGUAUAUCUUCAGGUUUUUUUAAGUGUCCAUCACAAGAAAUUUGUUAUUUGGUGAAUUCCCAUGCCUCCUCCUUAAAAAAAAAUCCAAAGGAUUUUGCCUUAAUUUGCAGCACAAUGAAUGUGUCAGAAUUCCAAUUCUAUUUCGUCCUCGAUGUCCUCAUACACAUCGUUAAAUGUCAUUAGUGGGAAUGACAUCCGGAGUAGCCACAACAUUAAGAAGCACACAGACUUGAAUCAACUGUACCACAUGUUUCUGAGACAGAAAAUUGACCGCUCUAUGUUUUGGGGCAUUGCACUCUGACUUGGGAAUUCUGGGCAGCUUUAUCAUCAAACUGUUUUCACACUUCCUUGGAUUAAUUUGCAACAUCAGUUACAUAGUAGGCUGACUUGGGCUCUUUGGAUGCCUUGCAUUGCUGACUUAACUGUAGGGAAUGAUUUAUAAGUCAGUGUGGAGGCCUUUAUGGGAGCAAGAAAGCACACCUGCUUUGGGCAGGCUGUUUGGGGCAAACCACUUUUCCGUACAAACCUAAAUGGAUCAGGAAAGAAGGAAGCCAAUUAAGGUUGACAGAAAGGGAGGGGAAGGGACGGGAAGCUGUCUCUCCAUGUAUGGAAGUUGGUGGUGUAAUUUGAUUUGCCCUUACUUUGGAAGGACAACAUCAAGUAUUUAAGUGUCACACUUGUAAACGUUGGAUCUCCAAAAUCCUGCCAUAUUGGACUCUGCACUAAUUCAAUUGUGAUCCUUAGAAGCUGAACCAAGUUCACAUGGUCAUAUUUGCCUCUUUCUUCAAGGGUUUUGUCAACUCUUUCUUCAGUAAGAUUGAACUGGUUCGAGCAUUGAGAGGGCUUGAUAUGGUGCAACACAUGUUGUAUCUUAUGCUUUGGAAAUGAGUUGAGGCUCUUGACGAAAACGUGUGCAAAACAUUCAUCGGCACAAAUAUUUGGGUGAUUUUUUUUUUUUCUGUCCUGGAACUGGUUUCCAUUUUUUUUUUUUUUUUUUACAACCAUCCGCUGGGUACUAUUUUAUUUGUGUACAUCUCAUUGCGACAGUCGCUAUUGGCAUUAAAAAAUAUAGACCAGUUGAAUAAUGGACUGGCGCUCAUAAGCAAGGUACUGCAACCACCAUCUUUUCAAAGUGGGUUAUACCUGGAUCUUUCUAGUGAUGAGCUUUGAUAUCCCAACUCCAAUACACAUGUCCAGAUUUUUCUGUGGAUUUUCAUGUUAUCAAACUUGUGCUUUUGGCUGCUAAAAUAAAUGCACAAGAGUGAAAAGAUAACAUUUCUUUUCACAAUUUCUAACUGUUCACAUUUAAAAUCAAUAUGCUGUCAUUUCAAAAUGAAUAUACUAUUCUAAAUGGUGAUUUUUAUUGAACUUAGUGAUGCCUGUCCUGGAAAGACCGCAUUCCUUUCAAUUGGCUUGUUUGGUUUCUCAAUCACAAAAAUAGUUAACCAAAUCUGAAAAUUCAGCAGACCUUGGAAAUGUGAUAUUUCCAGUUUAAAAUGGGCACUGUGUGUGUGUGUGUGUGUGUGUGUGUAUGUGAGAGGGAGAGAGUGCUGAUGUUUGUGGUUUGAUUUACGCUGAAAAGUGCAUUCUUUAAAAUGACGGAAUGACAUAACUCAUUAAUAUCCUAAAUCAGUCUGUUUGAAAGACGCUUAUCUGUCUUUGCUGUGGAUAUUUUAUGUAUGCCUGGUUUGGGAAAGAGGAGGCGUGUAUGUGUGUUUGUAUGUAUGUAUGCGUGUAUGCAUACUAGCAAUCACUCAGCUUUAUAAAAAUGUAUUUUAAACCAAUUAUGUUCCAAGUGUACUUUAUCUCACUUUACAGAACAAAAUGGCAUUGGAAACGCAGCUCAUUAUUGCAGGAAAACUGCCCCUGCUGUGAGCUGCUCUUACCUUCUUUGUAGACCAAAUCUCUCUUGAAUAGUAUUCUGGCAUAAAUCCUGCUUUUGUUGAUUUGAUAUUAAAGAGAUCAAUUGACUCUG